AUGACCCCCGUCAUGUGCCACCUCCCCUCCCCGACCCCCGCGUUUGACUUCUGCACAGAGGACAAAACCCCCCACUACCUGCACUUCCAGAGCUUCGAAGACACGAGUUCCAUCUCCUCGCUCGACGACUGCUUCAGCCCCCACCUAAGCGCCCACCACACCCCCCACCACCCCGCCCCGCCCAGCGAGCUCCCCCUCAAAUGUAAGAAAACCAACCGCCACCACGCGGUCAACAACAACAACAAUUUCAAGGACGACGAGCAGCCGGACAAGGAGAGUCUGGUCCACCUCUCGCGCGAGGAAAGGCGCAGGCGACGACGCGCCACGCAGAAAUACCGCACUGCGCAUGCCACGCGGGAGCGGAUUCGGGUCGAGGCGUUCAACGUGGCGUUUUCCGACCUCCGGAAAUUGCUGCCCACCUUACCGCCGGAUAAGAAGUUGUCGAAGAUCGAGAUCCUACGUCUGGCUAUCUGUUACAUUUCGUACCUCAACCACGUUCUUGACCUUAGCUAA